AGGAGUUUUUCAACAGCAACAGAGAAACAUAUACCUUCAGAGGAAGAUUUCCUCUGGUGGAAGAACUUACAGGGGGCAAGACUUCAGAACUUGACUUUGUACAAUAAAACUCUAGAGAGGCUAUUUCAGACAAUAACACCAAUUGCAGAUAUUGGAGAACCUCGUCCUGAUCACUGCAGGAGUUGUGCCGUGGUGGGGAAUUCUGGAAAUUUGAGAGGAUCGCAUUAUGGACCUCUUAUUGAUUCCCAUGAUAUCGUAAUAAGAAUGAAUCGGGGGCGUACCAAAGGCUAUGAAAGAGAUGUUGGAACCAAAACAACUCAUCAUGUCAUGUAUCCAGAGAGUUCUACUAGACUGGACAAUACCACUCAUCUCUUGUUUUUUCCUUUCAAAACACGUGACUUUUUGUGGCUCAUGAAGGACAUAAAUCGAGGGGAAAAUGGUGCUCCAAACUUAAAGAAGAUAGCUAACAAAGAUUUGAUCUGGAUCCUCCAUCCGGCUUUCAUGAAAUAUGUUCAUCAAGAAUGGCUGGGAAAGAAGGGUGCUUAUCCAUCCACUGGCUUUCUUGCAGUGGUUCUCAGCCUAGUGAUGUGUGAUGAGGUCACUAUCUUUGGGUUUGGAGCAGACAGCGGGGGAAGCUGGAGCCAUUACUUUGAAAUCUUCAAAAACAAAAAAUUUAAAACAGGAGCCCAUCCAGGAGCAGACGAAUAUAAAAUGAUAGAGAAAUUACACAAAAAGAAGACAAUUGUUUUUUUUAAAGGAUGGUAAUUUCUUUUUCAUGUUUUCAUUUCUGUCUUUAUCAGUUGCAAAUCAUCUAACCAUAGACCUGUGUUAUAAAAAUGAAUAAGUGAUGGUAAUUGCCCCCCCCCCCCCCCCCUUCAAAAUAAACACCACUAUACACUAACUUUAUCUAUAUUUGACUUUAUCACUAGUAACCUUAUAUACAUAGCUGGACUGGCCAUUGGGCAUACCGGGCAUUUGCCCGGUGGGCCGAUGGUAAUUUUUUGUUUUAAAUGGGCCGAUGUUUUGUUGUUGUUGUUGUCUUUUUUUCGUAACCGUGUAAACAGUGAAAGGUGGCGGAUUGGACAGAUGCUGGCAGACAUGUAAAAUUAACUCAAUUGUUUGGUAGUGGCUAUGGUGGAGCUUUCACAGAUUCAGUAAAAUUAGCAAGUACUGGAGGCCAGCAGGUGGAUGGGGGAAAGGGGAGGCAGAGGUGGAGAGACCCAUGGCAGCCGCCGGUCUGACUGUCAGGUGAAAUGAGCUUCAGGUAAGAAGUUAUGACCUGCAGUCUAUCUGGGUCAGAUAUAAACCAAGUUUAGUUGUAGUUUG